UGCACCCUGUCACACACACACACACACACACUCCUCUUAUACCCUUCUCACACUUAAUGUCAUUUACGUCUGUUAGAGACGCCCUUUUUAUUCAUUUGACUCUUUCACUUUCUCUUUUGGUUUCUUCUCUUUUCAAAUCCUUUUCUUUGUUUUUCUUUCAUCUCUCUGUGCUGCUUUCUUUCUUUCUUCUCUCAUAUCUUCGCCACUUUGACGGUGUGUGACACUGACAGUGGCUUGCGCUGUAUCCGUGCUGUGCUCUUGGUGAGGACACACUGAAUACUGGAUGAAGCUGCAGAAAGGAGAAGGAACAUUCGAAACACGGCUUGUCAGCUUUCUCUUCUGCUUCUUGAGCAGUCUGGAUCUGUGGGCGUUUUACUGCCAGGCAGGACCAGUGAAGCUCUCUAAAAGAAAGAAAAAGAACGGGACAGAAGGAAAGAGGAAUUGACUUCAGAAGCAGGACCUUCUUCUCUUAACUCGUUGUCCUCCAUAACCUCUCCUCACUGCUCUCCAGUGUCUUCACAGCUUCACCAAGAUGAAGCUGAAGGAGGAUCUCAACCCCAUGCUAUUGCUCCUCUUCCACCUCAUGGUAUGGAUCUACACCUUCAUCACCUUCCUGCCGUCCCACAUGCUCAGCCGGUCCACCGGAACCGAUAAAGACUUCUACGGCUCCGAGGAGGAGCGAGCCAAGAGAGCCAAGGCCCGACCCUUGCUGGGACAUCCCGAGGGACCCUACCGAGCGGUGGGUGCCAUCAAGGGGUUGAUGGGGUCGCUGCACCCAGGAAUGGACACCCUGGAUAAGAUGUUUGAGUACGCAGCCAAGCGGUUCCCACACAGAGACUGCCUAGGGACGAGGGAGGUGAUCAGCGAGGAGGACGAGCAACAAGGCAACGGAAAGGUGUUCAAGAAGGUAGUUCUAGGCGAGUACUGCUGGCUCUCCUAUGAGGAAGUCCACACAGCGGCGUCGCAGCUGGGCAGCGGUUUGGCAUCACUGGGCCAGCGGCCAAAAAACAACAUCGCCAUCUUCUGCGAGACACGAGCCGAGUGGGUCAUCGCAGCACAGGCCUGCUUCAUGUACAACUUCCCAUUGGCCACCCUUUACUCUACACUGGGAGGUCCAGCCAUUGCUCACGGGCUGAACGAGACUCAGGUCACCCACAUUAUCACCAGCAGAGAGCUCCUAGAGACCAGACUCAAGGCUAUCCUAAUUGAAGUUCCGAGGCUGCAGCAUAUCAUUGUGGUGGACAAUACUCCGACCUCAUGGCCGGGCUAUCCACGAGGCAUCAGUGUCCACAACAUGGCUGCUGUGCAGAAGCUGGGAGCCAGGCCAGAGAAUGCAGCACGUGAGCGUCAGCAGCCAGUGCCUUCAGACAUUGCAGUCAUCAUGUACACCAGUGGCUCCACAGGCAUACCAAAGGGUGUCAUGAUCUCCCAUAGCAACAUCAUUGCGGGCAUCACAGGAAUGGCAGAGCGGAUACCCAACCUGUGUGAGGAGGACACCUACAUUGGCUACCUGCCUCUUGCUCAUGUACUGGAGCUCAUUGCAGAGCUCAUAUGUGUUUCUCACGGCUGUAGGAUCGGCUAUUCCUCACCUCAGACUCUAGCUGACCAGUCAACCAAAAUCAAGAAGGGAAGCAAGGGAGACACCAGCGUUCUGCAGCCCACUCUGAUGGCAGCUGUCCCGGAGAUCAUGGACCGCAUCUAUAAGAACGUGAUGACCAAAGUCGAGGAGAUGAACUGUGUCCAGAGAACACUCUUCAUUCUGGCAUACAACUACAAAUUGGAGCAGCUUGCCAAAGGAUACAGCACACCUCUAUGUGACAAGCUGGUGUUCAACAAAAUUCGCUCUCUACUGGGAGGUCAGACGAGAGUCUUGUUAUCAGGUGGAGCGCCGCUCUCUGCCGCCACCCAGCGCUUCAUGAAUGUUUGCUUCUGCUGCCCAGUGGGUCAGGGAUACGGCCUGACGGAGACCUGCGGUGCUGGAACCAUUAGCGAAUUGUGGGAUUACAGCACUGGGAGAGUGGGAGGGCCGCUGGUGUGCUGUGAGAUCAAGCUCAAAGACUGGGUGGAGGGUGGUUACCGUAGCACCGACAAGCCACAUCCAAGAGGAGAGAUUCUGGUCGGAGGACCCAACAUAACCAUGGGAUACUACAAGAACAACGCUAAAAACCAAGACUUCUUUGUAGAUGAGAACGGUCAGCGGUGGUUCUGCACGGGAGACAUCGGAGAGUUUCACGAAGACGGAUGCCUCAAGAUAAUUGAUCGUAAGAAAGACUUGGUGAAGCUGCAGGCAGGAGAGUACGUGUCCCUGGGAAAGGUGGAGGCCAUGUUGAAGAACUGCCCUCUGGUCGACAACAUCUGUGCCUAUGCCAACAGUGAUGAGACAUAUGUGAUUGGCUUCGUGGUGCCCAGUCAGAAGCAGCUGCUAGCUCUGGCUGAUCAGUACGGUAUCCGAGGCUCAUGGGAGGAGCUGUGCAACAGUAAGGCCAUGGAGGAGCUGGUCCUGAAGGUCAUCACUGAGGCAGCUCUAGCGGCCCAGCUGGAGCGCUUUGAGAUCCCUCGCAAGAUCUGCCUGAGCCCAGAACCGUGGACUCCGGAGACAGGAUUAGUGACUGACGCAUUCAAGCUCAAACGCAAGGAGCUGAAGACACAUUACCAGGAUGACAUUGAGAGAAUGUACGGUGGGAAAUAACAAGGACCAGCACAGCAUUGGUCAUUUCUCAAAGCACAGACCAACACUUGACUCCCAGGACACUCUCACUUCUCCCCUGUACCCUUCCCCAUGAACAUAAGCGCCACUGUGAUUUGUGGUAAAAAUCUUAACACUCAACUCAAAGAAAGAAGGAUAGGGUGUUACCAAUCCCAACAUGAAGGUGGCUUUUACUUGAAUUUGUAACUGAAGACAGGCUAAGAAAGUUGAAGAAAACACAAAAGAUUCCCGUCCACUGCUGCCUUUUCCCUUUCUUCGCCCAGGUGUAUGACCUCUUUAUUGUUCCAGAUGUGAGUUAUGAAACAGGUGGCAUGUUAGCUGAUGUUGUCUGUUGAACUCCGCAGCAGAACAGCUCAGGCUGGGUUGACAGGUUUGUUGCUUUUUGUUCACGCGCGAGACACUCGAUUGGCUCUAAAAAUCUUUCUUUUAGUUCCCUUUUGAUCCUCCUUUUAAACUCCUUUUUAAUUUAAAGAUUUCAAACUUCCAUCUUCCUGCAGGUCAGGAGACAGUUAACUUUUUCUUCUUGUUUCUUUUUCUUUUUUGUUCUCAUGUUUUGAAUUCUGUCAGCGGUUUAUUUUGCCUCCCACCCACAGUUGGACUGCGACUCCCACUCCUUGUGGGACGUCUCUCCUGACGGCACAUCUUGAUACCAAAAGCACAAAGUCAUUUUAGGACAAAUUAGAGCAGGUUGGUAAAAAUACUAAGGUCAUAUCUGGUCAAACUUUUUAUUUUUACUAUCAACAUUAAGGCCAUGGUCCUUUUUUCGGUUGAAAAAUGUGUCUUAUUUACAAAAAAGAAAAGAAACAAAGAUGCACUGUUGUUUUAUUGUCUAUGUCUAUUGUAUUUUCCUACAGUGAUAGAGUAUACUUUUUUAUGUGCUGUACAGACCACAUUGUGCGCAAAAAAAAAAUGCACGUUUACUGCUUGUAUUACAGAUGAAAUGACUGUGUAAUCAUUGUCACGUUUGAUAAAUCGUAGUGCAAUAUGAAAAUUUAUCAUUUCUGUCCAAAUAAGGCGGUCGAUUACAGAUCGGACAUAAAUAAAACGUUCUCAGCGCGAGUGGACGCACCGCUUGAAGAAUGAGCACACUUUGACGAGUGCGACUUCUCUGUUUAAGACCAACAUUAAUUCUCCAGGACUGUCACUACCAGCUUAAAGUCACAUGUCUUUGUCAUGUGCACUGAGCGAGUGACUGACUCAACAAGUCCUUAAACGGCACAAACUUGGACCCAGCAUCCCCUCACCAUGUGACACCUGUGGCCUUCUCUAGUAAACCACACCUUUCUAAUCCUUUUCUGUACUGUCUUUGUUUGUAUGUGGAGCUGUGAUGAGCAGAGAAAACACAUGUAUAGCCUCUAUUUUAACUUUCUUAUCAUCAUAGAGCAGUUUUGGAGCUCCACUCCCUCUCUAUAUGAAGAUCUUGCCUUGUAACAUAAGUGCAUCCGGCUAUUUAUUUGCAAUUUGCCUUUGGAAAAUUACUCAAAUGAAGUAAAUAAAGGUUGUGUUUGGUCUACA